AUGACGCUUUUUACAGACGAGGCCCUUGAAGGGCUAUUGCGUGAAAACCGUCAGCUUCAGUCACAUGUCCGUUCCUUGCUUGGGAGGAUUGGGGCGCAACUUGUGCUCACAGAUACCCUGCUCCUCGCACUGAGACAUAGGGAGCCUGAGAAGAGGCAGGUUAACAGAAAUGAACUGCUUGGGGCCGAUUUGGACACAUGGUUUAUGUUUCGCUGCGGUUCCCAGGUGUGUGCGCCGGCGCUCCGCAUGCAGCCACCGCCAUAUUGCCAGGGGCUGUCCCCCAAGUUUCGCUGGAGCCAUCGGGCGAGGAGGUCGAUGAAGCGACAGGUGGAACGCUUGGGCUUAGACACGGGGGAAACGAGAGAUCCUGCGCAGUGGCAGAUCGUUGCGGAUGCCGUCAACUAUGACUCAAAGUCUACACAGUGUAUAGACAGUUUUCAAUGUUUUUUGCAUUAUCAGCAGGAAGUGGUGGCAUCACCGGAGCCCUUCUCAUCUGCGGAGGAUAAUUACAUUGACACGUACAACCCUGGAAGCGGCCGGUGGGGCCAACUUGUGGCGGACAUUUUUCGUCAAUUUGGCCGUCGUCGUACGGUAUUUCAGGUUGCUGAGAGGUACCGUAAGCUAAAACGUGAGAAGUACGAGUACAGUGGUCUCCUUGACGAUGCCACUUGGCAAAAAGUAGAGGCACUUAUGCCGGGUGUUGCUACCCCUGAGGCGGAACUUGUUCUCGACUGUUCGUGCCGGCUUAAUCUGGUCUGCACCAUUCCGUGGCCGACGGAGGAAGCUAUUCGGAAGUCGUUUUUGUGGCAUCGCAAGCCCCAGCGUAACGGGGACGCUCUUAUGCUGCGUAACAUCUACGCCGUGUUGCUCAGUGACGGGGUCUGCUUUGCUUCCAGGGAGACCAGAGAAAUUGCGGUGCGUCUUUUGGGGUUUGACCCGCUCGAUCUACGUGAGACGAUUGCUCGAGUACGGUGGCGAUAUGGACAGAUUUCAGUGGAGGAGGCGGCUGCGCGUCUUGCGUCAUCUGUAGAUGAGAUGAAGGAGCGCGUGCUGGCGAAUGUGUUACGGUGGUACGACAGCGUCUACACCUCCGACUUCUUUCGUUUAUCGGUUGCUGUGUUUGGCCAGCGGGAUGCGGCCUUGACGUGCUUCCGCAUCGCUCGCGAGUAUGAGCGAUGUCGCGGGAAGACGCCGUCGUAUGGUCAUCUCCAGUUGCUUUAG